AUGGCUGUCACAGCAAAUGGAGCAGUCAGCAAAGCUGAACCCAAAGCUGAUAUCAACAUCGAUGGUCGGGACUUUGAUGCCACAGAAGUAGCAUAUGUCCCGACCACGGGAGUCCGCAAACUGUUCGAAACACCCCUUGUCCUAGCUACGCCCGAGACCGUCAAGGGCUACGGGGAGAUUGUCGACGUGCCCGAAAAGCAUCGCAUUGAGAUCGUACGGUGGCCGGCUCAAGGAUGGCGGCCGGUGGAUGCGAACUCUGGCGACCAGGGCGGAGUGACUGAAGGCCUCUUUGAGUUCUGGUGGAAAGGGGACACGCUCUAUGCGCGCAACAAUGCCGUUGGCGACAGCUAUCUAUUUGCCUGGAGCCAGUAUCCUGAAGAGGCCGCGAGCACUGGCGCGGCACGACCCCGAGAAAGAGCGAUGAUCUGGCGAGCGAACUACCACCCGGACGGCGGCCAGUUGUUUUUCCCCAUGAACGGGCAGAGUUUCGUGGUGCCGCUCGCCCUGCCGGGCGACGAUGUGACGCCAGAGAAGUUUGUCGCGUUCCGCUGUGAUGGGGGCAAGGGACUAUACAUCCAUCCAAAUAUUUGGCACGGCGCGGUUGUGCCUGUUGACGACCAUGCGCGUUUCAUUGACCGACAGGGCCGUGUACAUGCGCGCGUGUCCGUGAAUUUCGCGAAAGAAUUUGGAGGAUAUCUGUCCGUGCCGCUGCGGUCUGUAGAGUAA